UGUCAUUAUUGACAGUUCCGGUAUUUGCCGAAAAUUGUUCUCACGUUUCAUGUGGAUUCAGCGGAUUGAAAAUCCAAGAAUUUCUAUUUUUAAGCUCAAAACAUAUUUUCUCUCAUCGUAAAUUUUAAACAUAUUAAACAAUCAUGCCUCCCAAAAAGUCUUCCGCAGCCCCCAGUAAGAAGACAGAACAAAAGAAAAAGGAGAAAGUUAUUGAGGACAAGACAUUUGGUAUAAAGAACAAAAAGGGGGCAAAACAACAGAAAUUUAUCCAGCAAGUUGAAAAACAAGUUAAAUCUGGAGGUAUUCACCCACUAAAAGAAGCAACUAAGAAAACUGAGAAGGAACAGAAACUAAAGGAACAGAAAGAACUAGCAGCACUUUUUAAACCAGUGCAAACACAAAAAAUAGAAAAAGGGGCUGACCCAAAAUCUGUUAUUUGUGCUUUCUUUAAACAAGGGCAAUGCAGCAAAGGUGAUAGAUGUAAAUUCUCACAUGACUUAACUAUUGAAAGAAAAGCAGAAAAAAGAUCUUUGUACUUUGAUAUGAGAGAUGAUGAUGAUGAGAAUGACACUAUGGAAAAUUGGGAUGAAGAAAAAUUGAAGGAAGUGGUUGAAAAGAAACAUGGAAAAGGAACUGGAAAAAUGCCCACCACUGAAAUUAUUUGUAAGCAUUUCCUAGAAGCUGUAGAGAAAUCUAAGUAUGGAUGGUUCUGGCAAUGCCCAACAGGUGAAAACUGCAUCUACAGACAUGCUUUGCCCCCAGGUUUUGUUUUAAAGAGGGACAAAAAGAAGGAAGAUAGAAAAGAUGAAAUUACAUUGGAAGAACUUAUUGAGAAAGAGAGAGCUGCACUUGGACCGUCUCAAACAAAAGUCACAUUAGAAACCUUCCUGGCCUGGAAAAAGCGAAAAAUUCAAGAAAAGAAAGAUGCUGCUAAGAAAGAUGAGGACAAGAAACGCACCGAUUUUAAGGCAGGUAGACAGGUCGGUUUAUCAGGAAGGGAAAUGUUUAGCUUUAAUCCAGAAAUGGCCAUUCAAAAUGACCUUGAGGAUGGAGAUGAAACCUUUGAUUCUUCAGUAUAUAAAAACGAAGAUGAUGAUAAUAUUGAAUAUAAGGAAAUUAAUUUGGAUUUAAUAGAUUCUUCAGAUGUUGAUGGUAGUGGUACUGUUGCCGGCGAAGAUAGAUUUAAACAAGCAGAACCUUCGAGUAGUACGUCUAAUACUGAGGAUAAUGCUGCAGUGCCUAUAAAUGAGAAUCUAUUCUUGGAGGAAGAUUUGGAAGACUUAGAUAAAGAACUGGAGGACUUAGAUCUAGAGGAGUAACUAAAUGUGGCCUUUUUUCAAGGCCAAUCGGAUAUUUUACUUAGAGCUUAAGUUGUACACCAGUUUUUGAGAAAACAAUAGAAUAACAUUGCUUUGCCAUAAGCGAAGGUUAGAUUCUCUAAAUGGUUGACUUUUUACCUAGGGUGUCGCAAAAUUAUCUUACGAUAUUAUAGUGAUGGCUUCUUUUACUAAAAAUAAGGCAAAAAAUACUGUAAUGAUACAUUUUCUUAACAUAUCUAAUGUUUGUUUAUUUUUAGUCAAAGGGCCUGGUAAAAUAUCGCGAGGUAAUUUCAGAACAAUCCAUAAUGAUUGUAAAUAAAACUUGUAGAAUUACUGUAUUAAAUCCCAGAUUUAUUAACAUCUUUUAUUUAAAUAAAAAAACACAAAAGUUUCA